AUGGUCAGUCUUGCUAUAUUUCUCGUAACUACCUUCGCCUGCCGUGAGUGGUUACUUUCCGCACCUGCUGCCCUCUGGUGUGAUAUUCGUUUCUCAGGCUCUCUCUUCGGAAGCGAGCCUUCAUUGUCUAUUGCCCCUUACAAUUAUAUCAGGACAAACCAU